AUGGCGGGAGAGGAAGCAAGUGAGCGUGGGGAGGAGGGGAUCUGGGGUGAGCCCAGAGGGGAGCGGAGCGACAGAGGAGAGAGUGAGGCGUGGGGGAGAGGACCGAGGCGUCCCGGGCCUUAUCCUCUCACGGUGACGGUGUCGAGGUGGUGCAAUGGGAGCACGCCCGACGCGGCUCGGGUCGGGGCUACAGGGGAAGAAGGCGACCUGUGGGGGAAAAGAAAGCAAAAUAGUUUUAUAAAAACUAAUCUUGCAUCUAAAAUACCAUUUUAA